GGUUCAUUUAGGGAGUUGUUGCAAGCUUUGUCAAAAGGCAUUUGUCACAGCAUCAUGCUGCAGGCAUUCCCCUCCGGCCGGAUUUCUGUGUACAGCAUUCCAGCUCCAGGUGCUGCAGGGCAGGAAAGUCUGUGUGUUUCUGACUGCCCAUCCUACCAAGAAGGUAGGAUGAAUCGUUUCUACAAAUGGGUGAAGCUGUGUUUUUGGAGGAGAUGUCUUCUAGGAAUAUUACCUACAGUUUCUUUAACAGUGACAGCAAUUGUGCUGCUCCUGCACUACUCACUGUCAUUUUCCUUUAUUUAUAUCAGUGGAAGUGUAGAAAUUCCUAAUUUGACUUAUACAAAUGACCUCAAUGAUCCAACAUCACAGAAGUUCAUCCUGCAAGCAAAGGCAAUCCAAAAUUAUUUGGCAGAAACAUAUGAAUCUUCCUUCUUGGGAAAGUACUACUUGAAGUCUGUAGUGGCUGCUUUCAGUGAAGGAGAAUCUGGGCUACGAGCUUACUUCUGGAAUACAUUCUGGGCACCACAAGAUAUGGUUGCUUCUCUUAAAAAAUUAACCCUAGUGAAACAAAAAGAAAUCUGUAGUAAACAAGCAAUUCCCUUGUUCAGUUCUGUGCAGGAAGAUUUUGAUCUUGUUACAAUGGAGCUUUUUGUUUCAGAUUCCACAGAAUAUGAUAUGAUGUUAAGAUCAGCAGUAUCCUUUGACCUGUAUGCCAAGCCAGGUAACAACAGGACUCUAACUCUGAUGAAUCCCAAAAAGUCUUUUUAUCAAUGGAGACUGAGAGUUCCUUCUAAUUACGUGGUGAGACUGGUAGUUAUCACUCAGCAUGGUGUCACUCCAGAGAGCUGUGCAUCACACCACUUGUCAGCAUAUGAUUUCCUUCUUCCACUGAAGAACAAGAUCAUCACCAGAUGGUGUGGGCCUGGGGCCUGGACUCCUUCUGUUGUGCGUUUGACUUCAUCGAGUAAUGUGAUGUUGCUUACCUUCUCACUGGAUCAAAGAGGAGAAAGCAAUAUAUUAAAAGCUCACUUUCAAGCUGUUCCUAAAAUCAUAUGUGGUGGUCAUUUCAUUUCCUGGAAUGGGACACUGAGUUCCCCUUAUUACCCAAGUUAUUAUCCACCAAACAUCGACUGCACCUGGAUCAUCAAGGCACCAUUGCCUGGCUACAAGCUCUCAAUAAAAAUUCUUGUAAUACAAAUUCAAGAGAAGUCUCCAGGGUCCAGUAAAUGUGAUAAAGACUGGCUAGAAAUUGAUGGAGUUAGAUACUGUAAAGCUCUUUCAGAAAACAACAGGAACAGAGAAUAUGGCUAUUCUGUUGCAAUCAACUUCCAUUCUGAUGAGCUGGUCACCCACAGAGGGUUUUAUAUUGAAUACAAAGCUUUCAGUCACACAGACCGUUGUAAUCCAGAACAACUGAACUGUGGUGAUGGGAAGUGUAAACCUCAGCAUAAGUCUUGUAAAGAUGAUGACAGCUGCAGGCAGGACAGUGAUGAAAACAACUGCUCCUACAAAAGUUGCUCUCCUUAUGCAUACAAAUGCCUCAAUGGAAAGUGCUUGCUGAAACCAAAUCCUGAGUGUGAUGGGAAGAGAGACUGUGCAGAUGGAUCAGAUGAAAUGAACUGUGCUUGUGGAAGGCACCAACUUAAGGAAACCAGAAUUGUUGGAGGUGAAGAUGCGAGAUCUGAGAAGUGGCCUUGGCAAGCAAGUUUGCAGAUGGGGGCACGUGGCCACGUGUGUGGUGCAUCUGUCAUCUCCAGCAAGUGGCUCAUAUCUGCUGCCCAUUGCUUCCUGGAUUCUGAUUCUGCAAGAUACUCUGUUCCAAUGGGAUGGAGAGCGUAUAUGGGCUCACAUACUAUUAAUGAAAAGAGCAAUCGUGUAGCUAUGAGAUCAAUCACAAGGAUUAUUGUCCACCCACAGUAUGACCAAUCUAUCUCAGACUAUGACAUUGCCCUGUUGGAAAUGGAGACACCUGUACUCUUCAGUGAGCUGGUACAGCCCAUUUGUUUACCCAGCACCUCUAGAGUGUUUCUUUAUGGAACUGUCUGCUAUGUAACUGGCUGGGGAGCCAUAAAAGAAAAUAGUCAUCUUGCCAAAACACUGCAGGAAGCUCGAGUGAGAAUGAUUAACCAAAGUGUUUGCAGCAAGCUCUAUGAUGAUCUCAUUACUUCACGUAUGCUGUGUGCUGGGAACCUUGAUGGUGGUGUUGAUGCAUGCCAGGGAGAUUCUGGAGGCCCCUUGGCCUGCACAGGGAAAGGCAAUAGGUGGUACCUUGCUGGCAUCGUGAGCUGGGGCGAAGGCUGUGCUCGGCGCAAUCGUCCCGGUGUGUACACCAAGGUGGCAGCUCUUUAUGACUGGAUCCGUCAGAACACAAACUGAUGAGCCAAGGAGAAAAUGC